AUGUCCUUCGACCACCUUAACUCCGUAGCCUACCAUCUCAUCACUUCCGUUCUAGCCGAUGGAUCGGCCAAAGGCGGGUCAUGUUUGAACUUGGCCAACGGUUUAUGGACAGACGAGUCUAAACCUCUUGAGGAUUCUUACCAAGAGGUGGUGUGCGAGUCUUACAAGGCUUCCCUAAAGCAAGUAGAUUUCAAGGCCAACCCCGGUAAAGUGAGAGUUGAAGUUAAUUCAUGGGAGAAGAAGGAGACAAAAGGCCUUAUCACUGAGAUUCUUCCUCUAAACUCAGUCACCAACGAAACAGGACGCAUCUUUGCAAAUGCUUUAUACUUCAAUGCCUCUUGGAGAGAGAGCUACCGCUUCCAUGAACCCUACACAAAAGAGAAGGAUCAUGAGUUCCACCUUCUCAAUGGGGACUCGGUCAAGGGAAGAACAACAGCUGCAGCUGCUACUGUUUAUGUAGAUGACUGUGACUGUAAAUGUAGUGAUGAUGAUUAUGAGCCUAAAAAAGAAGACUUUGUGGAGGAUCACCCACUCAUGGUUGUCAUCAGGGAAGACAAGGCUGGAACACUGCUGUUUAUGGGACAUGUGCUUAAUCCCCUUGCAGGCUGA